AUGGCGUUCCAAGAUCCAUACAAGGAGCAGUUUUUCACGUCGCCGGACAACGAUAUGACCUUGGGUCCUACUGGAUUCAAUGCACCCCCUGUCGACUGGUCAAGCUUCCCUCUGUACUCCUCGGAUGUUCCUGCCGCGACCAGCACACAAGCUCCCUCUUACGCGAGCUUCGACUACAAUUCCAUGAGCCACGGACUACCAGCUCCGUCGUCGUCCGGCGAUAUUUCUGAAGUGGAGGAUUUCGCACCAUUCUCCGGCUUCGGAAAUGCAGGCAAUGACCUUCAAGAUCUCGCCAGUGGGAGUGAAGGUUCGGAUCUCGACCAUUUCCGCAUAAGUUCCGCAUCAUCAUUUAUUGGCCUUCCUCAGGCGCAACUCUUAUCGUCAAAUCAGCUGGACUCAAUCAACAUUGACGACUUCCUCAAGUCCGCCAAUGAGUCGACAGCAGCGUUAGAGCAUCAACUUCAAGCCAAUAUGGGCAUGGAACCCAAGCCACUCCCGUCGCAGGACGCCUAUGCCAUCUCAGACGCCCAGACCUUCAAACCGAUGACUACCCCUACGACGAGCCUUUCGAUGACGACGUCUGCUGCGGAUCCCAUGUGGCCCGCGGCGCUCUUUGACCCCGCCGCCGCAUCGGUCGAUGACAACAAUUUCUAUCCGCCGUCAUGGGUGCAGUAG